AUGAGGAGGACGGAGUUGCGGGCAGGAGUGCCCGUAGAUGACGGAGUUGUCUCUGGCCAAGACUGCGAGUGUAUCUUCAUACCGACAUCCCCGGGCUGCGCCUUGGUGCGGUUUGGUGGGCAGACUGCUGACGGCGCAGGGAGUACGUCGCCGAAGAGGAAGGGGGUUGAAAGAGGAGAGGCGAGAGUGGUGGUUGUGAGGAGCGUGGAGCUGGAUAGGAGAAGCAGGAGUGAGUGCGACGAGGCGGAGUACUACUUGGAGCGCUCCGACUCGUCGCUCUCAUUCUACUCGGAGGAUGACGCUGUAGGAGGAAGCGGGCCCAGCACAUCUCGGGCCUCGCUGCGCAAAAGGAGGAUGAUAGAGGUUGACGCAGACCCGGAUUUGGAGUUUGAUGAGGAGGUCGAAGUUGUCGAAGUCGUUGCGACUCCAACUUCAAAAAAAGGAAAGACGCCCAUUAAGGGCAAAUACACGGACUCGACACAGGCAAAGGCCCAAUUGGCCGCCGCCAUGGAUUGUGACAUCCAGAGGGAGGCAGCAGUCGCAGUAGCGAAUGCUCCGAAACCGUCGGCGCGCCCUACCACCCGCAGGCCCUCGACUGAGGACUCGAAGCGCGCCGACGUGUUGGGAUCGGAUAUUCGGGAGUGUGCCCUGAGAGUCCUCGAAGCCGUGAGGAAAUCCGGCCACUUGAAGGGCACAGUGGUCAAAGAGAUAAAGGACGCCGUCGCUACCAUCCGCGCGGCGUCUGAAUCACUUGUAGACAGGACCGCAUCAUCAGAGUGUGCAGCGUUGCGCCGGGAAAACUCCCGUUUGGCCAACGAACUGGUGGACAUGCGGGAAAUGUUGACGGGAAUGAGGCAGGAAACCGCCAAAUAUUACUUGGAGCUGAAGACCCUCAAGAACACCAUGGGGGCUUCCGCCAAGGGCAUGGACGAGCUUGCAAUGCUCAAGGCGGAAAGAGCGGAAUGGGAGAAGGAAAUGGCAGCUACACGAAGUUCCUUCCAAGAUCUCCUGAAGAGAAGCACGGAGGAUCGGCUAGCGCUUGCGACAGCACAAAGGGAGUUGGCAGAUGCCAAAGCCGCAUUGGCGAAAUCGUCGGAGUCUGUGGCUAUGGAGAUGACGCCCGAAGCUCAAGCUGUUAGUCCGAGUGAAGCACCGACUAUCAGCGAGAGCGUCGAGGCGCGAAUUGUGAGACAAAUCGGGGACAUCUUCAAUGCCCGGUUUGAGAAAAUCGAGGAGCUUGUGGGCAGGCAAAACAUCUCGCCGCCCAAACGCGCCACGGCCGCACCCCGAACACCUGGGGCGGCUAAACAGGGAGGUUCCUCGGCGCCUGUAGCCGGCACUAGUGGGGCGGGAUUGAGUGCUUCUCAGCCGCUUCCCACUACCAAGGAGCAAUGGACGACAGUCGUCCGGCGUGGGAAGCGCGCCAAGGGGGCGAAGGGCAAGGAGUCAGCCCCAGCCACCCAGGCGCCCACUGGAGGGGCGAGACCAGCCCAAAAGGAGGCAACACCGAAGGCGACUAAUGAGGCCGCCAAGAAAAGGAACGCGAGAAGGAGGCAGUUCCGACCUCCGCGAUCCUCGGCGAUAGUGCUCACGCUACAGCCGGGGGCCGCGGAGGCAGGAUCAAGUUACAGCUCGGUGCUCCGAGAGGCCCAACAAAACAUCCGGUUGGAUGCCCUCGGAAUCACCGAGCUGGGCUUUAGACUGGCGGUAACAGGGUCCCGCAUACUUGAAGUGCCGGGACCAGUGGAGGAAAGCGGCGGAAAGGCAGAUGCCCUCGCCGCCAAGCUGUCGGAGAUCCUUCCGGCAGAUGUAGUUGCCGUCACCAGGCCGGUCAAGUCCGCGGAGUUCCGCGUCUUGGACCUGGACGACGCCACUGCCACAGCAGACGUGGUGGCAGCCGUAGUGCGUGAGGGAGACUGCGCCGAGGCCUCCGUAAAAACGGGGGAGAUCCGGCGCUCUCCCUCAGGGAGUGGCUCUGUCUGGGUCCGAGCCCCGAUAGGGGCAGUGAAGCGGCUGGUGGAUGCCGGCAAACUCAGGGUGGGGUGGACGAUGGCACGGGUGCGGUCCUUGGAUCCCCGGCCGUUGCGGUGCUACCGCUGUCUGCUCACGGGUCACGUGGGCCAGCGGUGCACCGCCAAGGAGAACCGCGGCGGAGCUUGCUUCCGUUGCGGACAAGACGGCCAUAAGGCCGCAACGUGCACCGCCCCUUCGCCGCAUUGCCCGUAUUGUGCGGCGGCGAAGAGGAAGGCGGACCACAAGAUUGGGAGCACCAAAGGGUGCCGUCCGCCCAAACAGGCGGCGAGAGUGGAGGCGAUGGAGGCCGAGUCCGGCCCGUCACCUCCCACCACGGGCCUCGCGGCAGCCGAUGCGGGGGCGUCGGCUGUCACCUAA